AUGUUGAUAUUUGCAGAGUUGCUGUUGAUAGUAUUGCCUGAAGUGGAGUGCCUUCAAUGUGACUUUCAGGAGCCUCUUCCUAUUCGGCACAUCUAUCAUCAGCUUGGAGACAUUAAUAUUGCUGGCAUUAUUUCUGCCUUCUUUGCAUCUUCUAGUCCCAUUGCUUUCAUUCAAGAUCCUUCUCAGGCAUUUCAUGGUGGACAUGGAAAAUUCAUCCCUAACUACAAAUGUGGGAUCACAAAAAUGUUGACUGCAGUCAUCGGGGCAUCUGGCAUCUCUCUUCACAUGGCAACAGUAUUGUGCAUCUACAAAGUACCUCAGUUGACCUAUGGAUCUGCUCCGGUCAUGGAUAAAGAGACUCAAGCAGUUUUCUUCCAACAAAUGUUUCCAAAUGAAUCCCAUCAACGUAAGGGUCUCCUGCAGUUGCUGCUGUAUUUUAGAUGGACCUGGAUUGGAAUUCUUGUAAUAAAGGAUGAAAAAGGAGAAAAAUUCCUCCAGGAGGUGCUCCCCACAUUUUCUGAGCAUGGCAUCUGUAAUGAAUUCAUAGCAGAGUUACCAAAUGUGGCUUUUUACAGUGAUUUUACCGAUACUAUAGAUGAAGGAUUACAUAUAUAUCAUGUUCUCAUGAACAGCACAGCCAAUGUGAUAAUCUUAUAUGGUGAAAUUCAGUCCUUAGCACAUCUGAGAAUUUUCCUCCAGUUUUCAGAAGUGGAGGAUAUACCAAAGAAGAAUAAGAUCUGGCUUAUAAAUGCUCAGACAGAUUUCACAUCAGUUGCCAUUCAAAAAUCUUGGAAUAUCAAUUUUCUACAUGGUGCUUUAUCCUUUGCAGUUCACACAAAGCAGAUACAAAAUUUCCAAGAAUUUAUUCAAAACUUGAAUCCAAACAACCAGAAUGAUCAUUUUCGGAAAGAUUUUUGGGAACAGGCAUUCAAUUGUUUCUUUCCAAACUCAGAAACUGAGACCUCUGAGAAGAAAUGUACUGGACAGGAGAGGCUUCAGACUCUUCCCACAUCUGUGUUUGAAACACUAAUGAGUGGCCAGUGUUACAAUAUUUACAAUGCAGUCUAUGCUGUGGCACAUGCUUUGCAAUCUCUCUCUUUAUUCAAAUCUAGAAUAUCAACAAAGAUGAAAGAAAGAUGGAAACAUUUUCACAAUCAGUUGUGGUGGCAGCAGGAUCCUGCAGAUGUUGACUUUGGCUCUACUUUAAUGCAUCCAAUAAAAGAAAUAUCAUUGCACUUCAGUCCUGAAUUCCCACCACUUAUCUUCGGGUUUGGCAACCUGCGGCUCUUUCAGCCCUCUGUUGCACCUCCUGACACAAUUCCUGUUGUCACCUCCAUGGCCUGCCUGCUGCUCUUGCAGCACUUUGUGAAGCACACACUGCCUGAAGUGGAGUGUAAGAAUCCUACCCUUCAAUGUGACUUUCAGGAGCCUCUUCCUAUUCAGUACACCUAUCAUCAGCUUGGAGACAUUAAUAUUGCUGGCAUUAUUUCUGCCUUCUUUGCAUCUUCUAGUCCCAUUGCUUUCAUUCAAGAUCCUUCUCAGACAUUUCAUGAUGGACUUAUAAUAGUUUUUCAGAAUUACCAACAUAUUCUGACCUUAGCUUUUUCUGUAAAAGAGAUUAAUGAAAACCUCCAGAUUCUACCCAAUGUCACAAUGGGCUUCCACAUUUUUAACAGCAAUUUUAGUCCAAGUUGGACUUACUUUGCAUCAAUGUUGUUGCCUUUCACUCAGGGAAAAUUCAUCCCUAACUACAAAUGUGGGAUCGCAAAAAUGUUGACUGCAGUCAUCGGGGCAUCUGACAUCUCUCUUCACAUGGCAACUGUAUUGUGCAUCUACAAAGUACCUCAGUUGACCUAUGGAUCUGCUCCAGUCAUGGAUAAAGAGACUCAAGCAGUUUUCUUCCAACAAAUGUUUCCGAAUGAAUCCCAGCAACGUAAGGGCCUCCUGAAGUUGCUGCUGUAUUAUAGAUGGAUCUGGAUUGGAAUUGUUGUAGUAAAGGAUGAAAAAGGAGAAAAAUUCCUCCAGGAGGUGCUCUCCACAUUUUCCAAGCAUGGCAUCUGCAUUGAAUUCAUAGCAGAGUUACCAAAUGUAUCUUUUUACAGUGAUUUUACUGAUACCAUAGAUGAAGGAUUACAUAUAUACCAUGUUCUCAUGAAAAGCAAAGCCAAUGUUAUAGUCUUACAUGGUGAAACUCAGUCCAUAUCAGUUCUGAGAAGUUUUCUUCAGUUUUCAGAAGUGGAGGAUAUACCAAAGAAGAAUAAGAUCUGGCUUAUAAAUGCUCAGACAGAUUACACAUCAAUUGCCGUUCACAACUCUUGGGAUAUCCAUUUCCUACAUGGUGCUUUAUCCUUUGCAGUUCACACAAAGCAGAUCCAAGACUUCCAAGAAUUUCUUCAAAACUUGAAUCCAAACAACAACAACAACCAGAAUGAUCAUUUUCGGAAAGAUUUUUGGGAACAGGCAUUCAAUUGUUUCUUUCCAAACUCAAAAACUGAGACCUCUGAGAAGAAAUGUACUGGAAAGGAGAGGCUUCAGAAUCUUCCCACAUCUGUGUUUGAAACACUAAUGAGUGGCCAGAGUUACAAUAUUUACAAUGCAGUCUAUGCUGUGGCACAUGCUUUGCAAUCUCUGUCUCUGUUCAAAUCCAGAGUAUCAACAAGGAUGAAAGAAAGACGGAAACAUUUUCACAAUCAGUUGUGGUGGCAGGUUCAUCCUUUUUUGAGAAGAAUGAAUUUCAACAACAGUGUUGGUGAAAAGAUCUCCUUUGAUAAAAAUGGAGAAUUCAUUGGUGGUUUUGAUAUUAUCAAUUGGAUCACAUUCCCGAAUCAAUCUUUUGCUAGGGUCAAAGUUGGAAUGAUAGAUCCCACAGCUCCAGCAGAGAAGUUCUUCAAUAUUUCUGUAGAUUCCAUCACAUGGCCAUUAGGCUUUAAUAGGGCAUUACCUGUAUCUUUGUGUAAUGAUCCUUGUAAGACAGGACACAGCAAGGCCAAGAAAGAAGGACAGUUGUUUUGUUGCUAUGAUUGUCAUCUAUGUCCAGAGGGGAAAGUAUCAAAGGAGAAGGACCAGGAUGACUGCUCUCCAUGUCCUGAAGAUCAAUAUCCAAAUCCGGGCAAAAAUAUGUGCAUUCCAAAGCGGAUCACGUUUUUGUCCUAUGAAGAACCCUUGGGGAUCAGUCUGACUGUUCUUUCUCUUUGCUUUUCUUUGAUGACAACUUUGGUAAUCACAAUCUUCAUCAAACACAAAGACACUCCUAUCAUCAAAGCCAACAACCGGAAUCUCACUUAUAUACUCCUAAUUUCUCUUCUCCUCUCUUUCUUUUGUGUCUUUCUAUUUGUUGGGAGACCCGAUAUGUUUGUUUGUCUCUUUCGACAACCAGCUUUUGGUCUCAUCUUUUCUGUGGCCAUUUCUUGUGUAUUGGCCAAAACCUUUGUUGUGGUUCUAGCAUUUAUGGCCACCAAGCCUGGUUCCAGAUUGAGGAAAUGGGUGGGGGGAAGGAUGGUCAGUUUCAUUCUACUAUCCUGUUCCCUUGUUCAAUUAAGUUUUUGUGCUGUGUGGCUGAUAACAUCCCCACCGUUUCCAGAUUUUGAUGUGCUUUCAAUGUCUGAAGAAAUCGUCCUGGAGUGUAAUGAAGACUCAGUCAUGUUCUACUGUGUUUUGGGCUUUAUGGGUUUUCUUGCUCUGAUUAGCUUUUCUGCUGCUUUUCUAGCUAGGAAUUUACCUGACAGUUUCAAUGAAGCCAAAUUCAUCACCUUCAGCAUGUUGGUCUUCUGCAGUGUUUGGCUGUGCUUUAUUCCAACCUAUCUAAGCACAAGGGGAAAAUAUACAUUGGCAGUGGAGAUCUUCUCCAUGAUCUCCUCCAGUGCUGGAUUAUUAAUGUGUAUCUUUCUUCCCAAGUGUUUUAUCAUUGUAAUGAGACCUGAACUGAAUGAUAAACAUCAGCUCAUAAAGAGAAAGUUUUAA